UUGUCAAUAUGAUGUUGUUUUGCCGAAAUUAUGUUGGCUUCAGUUGCCUGUAAAAGACUUUUCGAAAUUUUUCCAAAUUUAAUCUGUGGGCGCUAUAAAUUUCAUGGCGUGCAGGGAGCCACCACAAACUGCGAUCGUCAUUAACUUGUUGAUUGGCGAUUUGGUUCAGGAUGCCGUUAAUGAGCCGCUCAAACUUUCCGAGCAGAAGAACACCUGCCAGCGGCUCUUCGACAUUUUGGGCUUUCAGGCCGAUGAAUGUUUCGAGGACAUAGACGCUAGUAACGUGGCUAUAACACCCAGUUCGAGCACCCUUCAGAGCAGUGUCAAACCGCUUUCAGAUGAACCCAAUCGUAGGAACUGGUAUGGUUGGAUGGCCAAGGAAUUGUCAGAAGACAACUCCGAGGACGAAGUUGACAUCUUCAGGAAAGAUGUGCAGGGCGUGACUAGAAAGUUUGACUCGAUCGGAGUGCAGACGGAGCAGCCCCGCAGGCGCAGAUCCUCGAAUCCUGCGGACCGUGCCCCCACUCUCGCUCCAUGCGAACUGACGCGCCACACGAUUUUCAUCGAUGCCGUGUCCGUGCCAAUACCAAAUGUCUUGGGUAGGCCGCCGCUGGCCGACCGCUUUUGCUAUAUGUUGACCGAUUUCGCAUCGGCGCUAUAUUGUAGUCUCGCCAUCAUGUGUUGUUGCACACCCAAUAUGCUGAGGUAAAUAAAAACGAGAGCGGUUGGGCUUCUGUUUUGCGAAAUCGGUAAAGGGUUUCCAUUAAUUUAACUAAGAGCGAAACGAAA